AUGGUAGCUAUGGAAACAAAAGCACCACUCAGAUAUGAUAUCAUUGAGUUCCAGCCUGGAAGUGACCUUGCUGCACAUGCAUUGAUUGGGGUGAUUAAAUCUGAUGCCUGUCCAUCUAGGUGCACAGUUGACAACAUUCCAAAACAACUCAUGAAAGAAAUUCCAGAGGAAAGCAAAUCAUUCCCCGUCAAGAUAAGGACAAGGUGCCCAGAUGCAUCAUGGGAAAACAAAGAUGCUAGAGACAAUUACGAUGGGACUUAUCAUGUGAUGAUAGAUGUAAAGGGAGAAGAAAAACAGCAAGUUGCCAUGACGAUUGGUAAUCAAAAUAUACCAGGAUCACCAUUCCAUAUUCCUGUUAUCAGAGGAUUAGUACAGACAGUGGGAAUAACAGGUAGUAAAGGUGAUGUCCUAAAUCUUACAGGGUUAACUACCAACAAACACAGUGACUUUGUCACUGCUGAUUCAUGGAACGACAGAGUAACCAUCCAUGACAGAGACGGCAUUUACAAACAAUCAAUUACAUUCACUGAUCAGUUUGCAGAGCCAUUCAGUCCAUGUGAUGUAGCAAUAUCAGAUGAUAAUGAAUACUUUAUGACAGAUAAAAAUAACAAACAAGUAGUUGUAAGUGAUGAAUAUGGAAAGUUGAUUAGAAAGUUUGGAAGCUCUGAAAUUAAAGCGCCAUGUGGAAUUGCAAUUAAUCCAGUUAAUAAGAAUGUGUAUGUUAGUGAAUAUAAUGUGAAUUGCAUUAGAAAGUAUACCCAGGCUGGGGUGUAUAUUAAGUCAUUUGGGAGAAGUGGAGAAAAGCAGGGAGAGUUCAUUAGACCUUACUUGUUAGCUAUUAAUAGUAAAGGGGUGUUGUAUGUGCCAGAUUGGAACAACAAUCGGAUCCAAGUAUUCAAUUCUUAUGACCAGUUUAUGUUUGAGUUCUCCUACACUGAUGAUGGCAUAAUAAGUCGUCCAAAGGCAGUAGCCAUAGAUAAGAAUGAUUAUGUCUAUGUGAGUAGUAAUCACAGAGUUACUAAGUAUGACAGCUAUGGUCAGUUUAUUUGUAGGAUUGACAGUGAUAUGGACAGUUUGAAUUAUCCAUAUGGUAUCACAGUAUGCAAUGAUGGUAAAAUAGCUGUAGUGGAUAAUGCCAAUAAAUGCAUCAAAGUGUUUGUAGAGUGA